AUCUCACUUUUUUCAUAAAUUUUAUGACCAUUCAUUUGAUACGAUCAGGCAUUCUCUUUAACCAAGUUUAAGGCAAACAUCGGUAAUCAGGACUCAGUAUUGAAAUCAUUGUUCAUAUAUUAAAUACAGCAAUAGUUAUCGACGUCAGCCACACAGAGACGACCCGAGUUUUUCGUCGUUGGAAAAUCUAAUUAGUCGCUGCCAACAGUUAGAACGCGAAGCACCAUUUUCUAGUGACUGUUUACUAAGUGUCUCCCAAAUGGAUUACCCGUACUUGGGCCAGCAUAAUUCUUUCGAUGCAUCGUGUACCCUUCCUGGGAUGGAGUCUGCUCUCCAGAACUGCAAUAUUCCUUGCAGUUAUGGAGAUUCGAACCCGUUCGGACAGAUGGCGGCACAAGGGUAUCGGUACAACGGUGUGCGGUCUUUUCCACCCGGUCCGGCUAUGGGAUCAGCGUCCUGCAGCAUGAUGCCACGACCACGAGAUCCGACACAGCCUGCUGUGUUUCCUUCCGGUUUAUCAUACAAGAUGUACCAGCACAGUCACGAGAACGGCAUCAGUCCCGAAAAACGAAAACAAAGGCGUAUCAGGACAACAUUUACCAGUGCUCAACUUAAAGAGCUGGAAAAAGCUUUCUCAGAGACGCAUUACCCAGAUAUAUAUACGCGAGAAGAAAUAGCCAUGCGCACUGAUCUCACUGAAGCCAGGGUUCAGGUAUGGUUUCAAAAUCGACGCGCAAAGUUCCGUAAAAUGGAAAGAGCCAAACAACAACAGCAAAGUCAGUCCCAGCCACAAAGUCCGCCAGUAAAACAGGAAAACAACACAGGGAAUGGCAGCAGCAAUAAUAACAACAGCAACAAUAGCAAUAACAACAACAAUAACAACAACAACAUGAACAAAGAGAAAUCGAAACCAUUAGAGGACACUCAAGCUAAAUCACCAAACGAACCACCAAAAUGGUCUAACCAACUCAAUAACGCUAACAAGAUGACGUCAUCAAUGUUGGGGGUACCAGCACUUCCGGGACCAUAUUCCAGUAUCCUAUCAUCUUCUGUAUCUGACUAUCCUCAGAAUGCAAUGGACACAAAAAUACCAAUAUCGGCGCCAAUGUUUUAAUAUAAAAUUCUCAUUUCUUUACAUGUAACGGAAACAAGUAAUAAGGGAGACAAACGCGGUUGGAAUGUUUUAUUGAACAAAAGCGGUGUCUUGGGAACACAAGAGAGAACGCAAGAGAAAGUUGUAGGUUGUGAGCUUGAAUGAUCGGAAUAACGGAUUU